AAGGUAAAGAAGUGAACUGGUUUAAACAUGACUAAAAUGUAUUUCUUUCUAAUGAUCCAAUUUUUUGAAUUCUGCAAUGGAGCAAACAUUCUAAUAGCUCCCCUGGACGUAGGAUACACCAGUUGUGUGUCAAACAUAAUCAAAUUGGGAGAUAUUCUCCAGCAAAGAGGACAUAAAAUAAACUUCCUGUUUAGCAGUGAACUACAUAGCAUGAAACUGUUCAACAUAGCUGGAAAGAAUAUGGCUGUCACUGUAAACAGAUUCAAUGUGAUUACAUACAAGGAACCGCAAGGAGAUCCUGAUAAAGCACAGUCAACAGAUAACACGGAUUGGGUGAACUCAUUCAUUGGUUUAUCAUGGCCAGAUGUAGUUAGGCUGAUUUGGCCGCAUAUGUAUCCAGAAGCUUUAAAUAAUGUCAUUCGAGAUAUGGACACUUGGAAAAAAUUGUCUGAGCAAUCAUUUGAUGUGAUCAUUGCUGAUGCUAACAAUUACUUUGGCAGGGUUCUAGGUGGCCACUUCAAUGUUCCAGUUAUUGUAUAUUCUAACUGGGGACCAAUGGCACAUGAUUUCAUAUACCCUAUCAACCCAUCAUAUAUACCAACAGACUUGACAAACUCUCAUUUAAGUGAUAAAAUGCAUAUAUUGGAAUGA